AGUAACACAUUUUUUGAAAGUUCUUCAUUCCGAUUGAAAGAGAAAGUAAGUUGUUAAAAGUUGUUAAAAGCAAAAAUGCCCUGCUCUGAGGAGUAGUCUUAUGGUGCUAAUAGAUCAUUGGGCAGCAGGGAAUCCCUCACCCCCCACCCUCUGGCUUCUCUUGGUUGUACUUCUGAAGCAUAUCACACCACCCAAAUCAAAUUGCUCACUUAAUAUUUAAUGUUUCUGCGAUGGAAUCACUUUCUCCCUUGAGGUUGACUUCAGAUUUACCAGACAGGCUGACAACACUGCACUCCUUAUUUUCUCCACAUGACCUCAGCUUCUGCUUUAAAAAUGUUGAAAUAAAGGAUGCUUUUGUUCCUAUCUCGCCUGCCUGUGAUAUAUUGACAAAGUGUCUGCCGGCUCAAUGGAAUAGUUUUACAGUAUGAGUGCUGCUUUCAGUGGAGGGGCAGGACUUGGGCUUUAGAAGGAAGUGAAUUGGAUAGGUCAGGAGAAUGUACCAUUUGUAAACACCCCUUUCCUUUUUUAUUCACGUGUCAGGACAGCAGGAGCAGGCUGUUCAGUGCCCGUCCCUGCACAGAGCCGGAGGGAAAGCAGCUUAGGAGUCAGCUGCAAUUUUUAAACCUUGCUUUUUAUUCCCCGGUAAUGAUCUUCAAGUGCUCGGACUUGUCUUAGAAGCUGUUGUGAAACUAACAUGGUUUAGCCCACUAACUGCAUGUUGGGUAAAUUCAAAACCCACAUGCUCGUCCUCUUGCAGUGGAAUAAGUCACAUCUGAUGGACAUUUUCUGUGCUUAUAGCAUAGUAAUGAACGUCUGACAGGCGCGACCUUUCAUAAGACAACCCACACUAUUGGCUUUCUGCCCAGAAUAUUGCUGCAACACUAUCUGUGAUUGGUUAUCUCUCUAUCAUGCAUUGCUUCACAAGGGGAAACGGCCCCUUUUUUUAAUAAAUCUACGAUGGCUGGCUGCAAUAUGCCUCACUGUAAGUAUUUUGUGUGUAUGUGUGUGAGAGGGAGAGAGAGAGGAGGAGAGAGAGGCUGACUUGAAUAUUACUUAGUCUAGUAGCACAGGGCAAGGUUGUGGUACUGUAGGACAUCAGUGAAGUGCUACUUAGUAAAUCUUAACCUAUCUCUUUUUUCUACAGGUUGGUACUAAGAAGUGCCUUUCCUGACGUCUCUGCUGCUUGGAACCGCUUCUAGAGCAGUCUCUGCUUUUGCCUUGCUUGCUGCCAGCUAGACUGUGACGACAGCACAUCCACCCUCCACCUCUAGCCCAGACACCCCCAUUUCUACUUAUAAUCAAGAGAAAAGCUCUAAGUAUCUGGCAUUGCCCUAGGCUGCUUUAGUUUUAAAAGAAAAAGUUUGCUGAAAAAGUAAGAUAUCUUCUGCCAGGAAAUCAAGGAGGAAAAAAAAAAUCAUUUUCUCGAUUUUGCUCUAAACUGCUGCAUCUGUCUAUGCCAAACUAAUCAAUACCGAUUGCACCACCAAACUCCAUUGCAAAUUCAGCUGUGAGGAGAUUCCCUUUCAGACAACUUUGCUGAAAGCAGCUUGGAAAUUCGGUGUUAAAGGGUCUGCCACGUUUUCAUGCUUGCAUUUUGGGCUCCAAAUUGGCACUGGGAAGGGUUUACUGAGAGCACAAGGCUGAUUCCAGGCCCUACUUUUAAACGUUCAUCUACUUACAAUCCUAGUAUUUCUCUAAAAACCAAAACAUCUUUGAAUUAACAGUUUCAUGCUGUGAAUUUCUAGUGGGAGAUCUUUUCCUUGAUAUUGACAACACAAUUUUCCAUGUACUUUUAAAGCAGGGAGUGGGGGACAAGUAUUUUGGAGGGGACAUUUUCAUCAUCAUUUUACAGUUUUAUCAGUUCAGUUUUUUUUUUUUUUUUUUUUGGUUGUUACUCUUUUUUUGAGGGGGGGUUGGGUUUGUUGGUUUCACUGAAAAAUUUAACUACCUGUAAAAUCUAAACAUGGCUGUUAGUGUCACACCAAUUCGAGACACAAAAUGGCUAACACUGGAAGUAUGUAGAGAGUUCCAAAGGGGGACUUGCUCACGGCCAGACACGGAAUGUAAAUUUGCACAUCCUUCGAAAAGCUGCCAAGUUGAAAAUGGACGCGUAAUCGCCUGCUUUGAUUCAUUGAAAGGUCGUUGCUCCAGGGAGAACUGCAAAUAUCUUCAUCCACCUCCACACUUAAAAACGCAAUUGGAGAUAAAUGGACGCAAUAACUUGAUUCAGCAGAAGAACAUGGCCAUGCUGGCCCAGCAGAUGCAACUAGCCAAUGCCAUGAUGCCCGGUGCCCCGUUACAACCUGUGCCAAUGUUUUCAGUUGCACCAAGCUUAGCCACCAAUGCAUCAGCCGCCUUUAAUCCCUACCUGGGACCUGUCUCUCCAAGCCUGGUUCCAGCAGAGAUCUUGCCGACUGCACCGAUGUUGGUUACAGGGAAUCCUGGCGUCCCAGUACCUGCAGCUGCUGCAGCAGCUGCGCAGAAAUUAAUGCGGACAGACAGACUUGAGGUGUGUCGAGAGUACCAGCGUGGCAACUGCAACAGAGGAGAAAACGAUUGUCGAUUUGCUCACCCUGCUGACAGCACAAUGAUUGACACCAAUGACAACACAGUCACUGUGUGUAUGGAUUACAUCAAAGGGAGAUGCUCUCGGGAAAAGUGCAAAUACUUUCAUCCCCCUGCACAUUUGCAAGCCAAGAUCAAGGCUGCUCAGUACCAGGUCAACCAGGCUGCAGCAGCACAGGCUGCAGCCACCGCAGCUGCCAUGACUCAGUCGGCUGUCAAAUCACUGAAGCGACCCCUCGAGGCAACCUUUGACCUGGGAAUUCCUCAAGCUGUACUUCCCCCAUUACCAAAGAGGCCUGCUCUUGAAAAAACCAACGGUGCCACCGCAGUCUUUAACACUGGUAUUUUCCAGUACCAACAGGCUCUAGCCAACAUGCAGUUGCAACAGCAUACGGCAUUUCUCCCGCCAGAUACCCAUAAUAUCUGCCGAACAUCUGACUAGCCACAAGUAUGUUACCCAGAUGUAGAAUUUUCAUCACUAAACAAUCAUACUAAAGAGGAAAGGACAGUGUGCUUGGUUAGAGUAAAGGAUGAGGUCAUUAGCCAUAUUGUAUAUACCGUCAAGCAACACACACAAAAAUCCCUCAGCCACAAGACAUCCACACAAUGCAUGUUAACCAGAAGAAAAGACAACAUGGAAAUCCACUGCACACUGUUGCCUAUACACUUUGUACAUUUAAUUGAUAUUUGUGCUGAGGUGAUAAACUCCUGUCUAAAAGAACAGCAUUGUCUUUCUUUUCUAGCACAGAGUUAUGCAUUAAUAGAUGCAUACCUAAUUAGUUUCCUAUCUAGUCAUGCCAUCUUGAAAAGACAGACUAUGGUGUAACCAUGAUUCUCUUAUGUAUUGGUACGUCUGUAGACCAAGAUAUAAUUUUUUUAAAAUAAGUUUAUUUCUUUCAAGGUUUACAAAUAACAAAGGUGCACCUUGUAUUUAAAAUUGCCAUUAUAGGUGAGAGCGUGCAUGCACAGUCAUUUUUGUUUAAGAGUAAUAUUUUUAAUGUAAUAGAUUGUAAGACGUGGUGAGGGAGGGAUCUGACAGAGAUGAAUGUGCCAAGCGAAACCACAACUGUGUAUAUUUUAAAGCACAUCAUGGCUUUAAGUACCAUGUUGCUAAGGAUUCUCAUGAAGUGCCAUAGACUGUACAUCAAAUUAGAGUAUUAUUUCUUCAGUGUUAUUUUUUUUUUUCAGAGCCACAUUUUGUUGCUUAUUUGCUAGAACUAAUCAGUCAAAGGGCACCAUUUUUUUUUUGUUUGUUUUGUUUUGAAACCAAAGCUGUCUCAGAAAUGGCCCAUUUAACUUUACAGUAACAAUAGACAGCACAACACAAACUCUCAAUACCGAUAAACUCACACAUACUGGAGAGAUAUAUAAUAGAUAUAUAUAAAAUUAUUUUAAUGCAUUGUAGUGUAAUAUUUAUGCCUACUAUACUGUAUAACAUGUUAUUCAAAAGGGAUAUGCCAUUUCUGAGACACGAUAACAAGAGAAAAGUAUUUGAGGAAAUUAUUUUGCUUCUAUUUAUAACCUCUGUCAAAAGUCAGAAGACUAUAAAUGCUUUGCAAAAAUGGUUUCACGUUUGCUUUGAUGCUUCAUCACAGUCACAUUCAAAAUAGUGACUCUAAACAAAGAAGAAAGCAGCACUGUCAUCAGAUGCAUGAUAAACCAAAAUAUGAACUUGGGACAUGUUUAAUUAACCUAGUAAUUGGGCGGGUUAAGUACUUGGGUGAAUUUUAUAUGUGACUUUUUUUUUUGUUGUUUUGUUCAGAUUAACUGCUUAUAGCCUUAGAAAGCCUUUUACAAAAUUAAAAAAAAAAAUAGAUGUGCAUUCAGUUUUUAAGAAUGGAUUCAUCCAAAGGAAUUCCUUUUUUUGAGGUUUGGAUGUUGCAGCUAGUAAAGGAUAUUUUUGCUCUAUUCGGCAGUUCUAAAAAUUGCUGAAGUAGGGGCCAGGUCACUGGUAGUUCUAGUAUGGAAUGGGAGAAGUGAAAGUUCAGUUCUAGAACUUUCCAUACUCCCAAGUUUACUGCAAGUUUUUAUGCUUGAGAGAGAUGCUUUCUAAUAUAAAAGACUGAUGUGUUGAUUUUACUGAUUGUACUGUACAUCUAUUAAAGCCUUAGAUUAUUACAUUACGGGUUGGAACCCAUACCAAUGUAAUUUCAAUCGUGUUAAGAAAGUAAUGGUGACUUCACAUGUUAUUGUAGUUAGUUACAUUAUAGAAUAUUACUUAUUUUUCUUGUUAAAAUGUAGUUUUUCAUUUCCUACAUUUAUUAGAUUUUCAUUUUCUAUUAACAAUUGAAUACCAUUUCAGUUUAUAGACUAUUGUUUUAUUAGAUUUUACCGAUGAAUUUUUCAAAAUACAAAAAAAAAAGUAGUUUUUCCUUCAUAACAUAAUCAGUUUUGAAUUACAUGUAGAGUCAUAUGAAUAUUCGUAUUGUUAACUAAAUGAUUUAUAUUUUACUGAUUUAAUAUUACAGUGUAAGAAUGUCAGUCAUUGUUAGUUCUUGUCUAGUUUUCAUUAAAAGAACAAAGAUCUUUUAUAUGGAUAUCUUAUAAAUAUAUAAUCAUUGCUAAGUAAGAAGUUAAGUUGUUGCUAUCGCAACAAUCCUGGCAGACAAUUGAGUAAUAUUUUGAUGAUUUAUUUUGUUUGUAAUUAGUUAUUAUAAGAAGAUCUAGAUCCUAGAUAUUAGAAUAAAAUUUAUUUUCUACUGUAUCCAUUUCAAAUGUUAAAGUAUUGUUUAAUAUUUUUGAAAUCCCUGAAUAUCAGGCCUUGUUAUAAAUAAGCUGCAUAAUCAAUAAAUAGAACAAGGGACUUUUUGUUGAUAAUCCAAAUACUCAAAGUUUACGUAAUGAGAAUUAUAGUGUGUGUGCAAACUCUUGAGGGUUGAUUAUGCUGCAGUUUAGCAUGUUGGGACGUCUAGAGAGAAGGUUGACUUUUUGCACUUCUGUAUAUAGUCAAAAGAGAGAAACCUGUAUAAUAGUAAGAUCUUAUUUUGAAUAAAAACGUCUAUAAUUACAAGGAGUUUUGUUAAGGCUAAUAAAAUGACAGACUGAGCAAAAUUGCUUGCAAAAGUGGCACAGAGUUAGCACUCCAUACCCUUUAAAACACAUCGCUUUGCUUUUUUGUGGACAGCUUGUAGUUUGCCAGGAUUUUUUCAGCUGGAAAGAUAUGCCAUCCUUUCAAAAAUCUCAUGACUGACAAAAACUCCAUUGGGCCAAAUCUGCCUGAAGAUCAUUACCAAAAAUAGCAGGUACUUCGACCAUUAAGGUGAAAUCAUGGAUCAAAUAUUCCUUACAUUUUUCAAAACUACUGCAUGUGUAAAACUUCAACAGAAAAAAAAGAGAGAAAGAACUAUAACUAAGGACAUAUAUUAUUCAAAUCAGUUUCUGCCAAUUUCAGUGGUUUAUUGUUCACAAAAACAAAACAAAACUUCAAAACAAGUAUUGACUUUCACAAAAAUCGAAACCGUACACAGGCAAACCAAACAGCACACCGUAGCUAUAGUUGUUAUGUGAUUGUUUUUUAAUUGCUAUAGGAGCCACGUCCUUUCAGCAGGUGAAAAAAAAAAAUAAAACUGUUCAAAUUUCAUGGUUUUAAUUUGCAACUCAGAAGCACUCAAAAAUCAAAAUGUGACCAUGGGCACUUGUUGAAUGAACUAAUGCAUCCAGCCCUCACUCCAGCUGGUUCGUAACAUUGCACUUAUCAGCAACCUUACCACUUUCAUCUGCUGAAAGGGCAAAUGGGCUUGGUUUUACUAUUAUGUAAUCACAACUUACUUUCUGCUUGUAGUUGCUUACAAUUAUGUAUUUUGUCUUGGGCUGCAAUUUGUUUUAUGCUUAUUUUAUUAUUACUGCAGUAGUUGACUUUGCUGUAUGGAAAAAUAAAGUGAAAUUGCCCUAAUAAAACUUCUCUUUCUUAAGUA